AUGGCAUGUCGUGCUAAUGACAUGAAAAAAGUGAAAAGAUAUCUUGAAACUAUGACAUUAAAUGAAAUAAAUCAUCGAGAGUCAAAUGACACCACCGCAUUAUAUGAAGCAACGCUUCAAGGACAUUAUAAUAUUGUUAAACUGUUAUUAGAAAGAGGUGCUUCAAGCCAAAUAAAAAAUCUACCUAAUCGUUUAACAUCAUAUGAAGAACCUAAAACCAACCAAAUAGGACAAUUAUUUACACACUUAUUCAAGAUUCGUUAUCAACGUUUUGGUACUAAUACAACUAUGCUUGAAUGGAAAAUAAUUCCUGAUGAUCCAAUUUAUCGUGCAUAUCGAGAUCGAUAUAUAAAAAAUCUUGGAUUAGAUCGGACUGUUAGAGAAAUACUACACAACAAAAAAUUACUUGGUAUCAAGAAAAUGUCUAAUACUCGUGUGCUUCUUCAACAAGCUAAAAAUAGUAACGAUGCAACUUAUCUUCUAAGUGCGUGUACGGCUGAGAUCGGUUUCUAUUCAGCGUUAUGCUCAACCCUGGCACGAGAAGAACAAGGUUACCUGAGAUAUUCGGGAACCCGAUAUACGUGGCAAUCAUCUUUUUAUGGAAUUAUCGCCCAAGAUCCUUUGCUUGACAAACACCGUUUUGUAGGGAAAGUCUAUCGUGCCAUGUUAUUUAAAAAUCUUGAUCUUUCGACAUAUACUGAAAAUACAACAAUAAUGAAUAUAACGUUUCUAUCGACAUCGAAAAAUCGUAACAUUGCUGAAGGCUUUCCUAAUCAAGAGAAAGAAUAUGUCUCGCCAUUUCCAUUAUAUCAUGAUAUAAUGAAAAUGGCGAGACAGGCUACAGCCUGUAGGAGAAUGAAUUAUGAUAAUUAUAACAAUACGACGGCUUCUGGGAAAGAUAGAUUACGUAAUGGUGAAGGAUUAGAAGACACCGCGAAAAAAAUGCAACAACAAGAUAAAAAUGGAUCGUCAUCAUUAAAAAGAGUGGCAACUAGUGAUGCACCGAGAUAUGGAUCUGAUGAUGAAUAUGAAGGCAUGAAUGGAGACUGGCAAGAAGUUCGAUACAGUAAACAGAAACGAAUAAAUGACAAUGAUAAUAAUAUCGAGAUAGACACUCGACAGUUUCAACAGUUUACAAGAACAUUUACGAAUUCCAAUCAGAAUAACGAAGAUAUUCGAGAAGAAUUCAAACAACAAGAUUUCAAAAGUAUUUUUUCAAUUGAUGAUAUAUCAGGAACAAUUAAUGAUAAAAAUCGACAUGUAAAAAUUGAAUUACUAGAUAUGAAUGAAUAUAAUGAAUUAUUGAAUGGAGCAACAGUAAACUUAUAUGGACAACGACGUCGCUUAAUUGAGCAACUGAGAAAACAUCCCGAAAAAUCACCUCCAGACGUUCAGUUAUUCAUACCUUCGGAAUAUCGUAAUAAUAAAUAUGAUUCGAGAAUUAUUCAUAAUGAUGAAGUAUAUGAUCAACAGAAUUAUUAUUAUCAACAAGUUCAAUCCUUCUCAACCACUGAUCAAAAUAAGACUAAUUUGAAUGAAUCAAUAAAGAAUUUAUCGAGAGAAAUGAGCGAAGCUAAUGAACGUCAUGAAGUUGAAAUGAGAAGAAUUGAAAAGAAGUAUCAAUCGAGUAUGUUUAAUAUUAAUAAUGUAUGUUUGAUUAUGCAACAAGCUCAACAGACGCAACAGACAAUGAUUUUAGGAAUGAGCAGAGCUAUCAAUCGGACAAUGUUUGGCACAUGUAAAAAAGCGAGCGAACAAUUUCAGGCAAUGGCAUUAAAACUGAAAACACAAUUGAAUGUAAAUGAUUUUGAUGAUAUUAUUAGUUCACUUAAACUUUAA